CAAUGGAAGGUGUCUUUCAGGCCUGCGAGAGAAGGGCCUUUCCUAUGGAGAAGAAGACAUCUCCGAGGAGGAGGACGGCUCCGUCACGUUGUCAGCUGGAGAACCUCAAGGGAAACUCUCCUUCGGACAAGUCCUUGCAGGAUCUCAAGGAGAAGAUCCGUUGGCAGAAGCAGCGCUGGCUCUCCAAGGCCCCGAAAGAUGACAAUGUUGUUUGUUUCAUGGAGAAAAGCCCAUCCGAAAAGCCACUCAAGAGGAAGGUCGGCAAAGUGGCUUCUCCGGAGGGAAGAGGUGAAGCCAGUGGAGGAAGGACAGGCAAGAAGAAGCGGUCCCAGGUCAACAGGUCUCCUCCACAGAAGGAGAAAGCCAUCCGUUUAUAUGGUGUCUCUGCCUGGAGGGAAGGUCAGAAACUCGUCAGGAAAAUCCUGGGCCCUCCUGUUAAAUAUCCAAAGCCGAAGGCUGGAUCGGAAUGGGAAACAACGAAAACCAUUACAGAAUUUGUCAAGGAAGAGCAAAAUCUUAAAAGAAGUUUUCAAGCUGGGCAGAAAGGAGAAGCCAUAAGCUCAAACCAGACGCUAAAUUCAGAGAGUCUUCAUGGGUCAAAGAAUGGCAGUAUGAAGUCCCUAAAAGAUCCAGAUCUGGAGAAAAGACCCGUAAAUAAAGAAAAUGCGAGUCCUCGGUGUCGUCCCACCAGUAAAGGACACUCAACUGACCACAAUGGAUGGAUGAGCCGCUCUUCCCAGCAAAGUGACUCUCCCAGAAACGAAGCCACUGAAAACUAUAAAAGGCAGAAGGGACGCUACAGCCCUGAAGAGCUGCGUGAGUUUAUGAAUCAAAAGAUGGUCGAGAGGAAAAGGAGGUCCCAGGAAGAGAAGGCGGCGUUGGAGCGAGCCCUUGAGGCAAGAAAGAAGAGGCUUCAGGAAGUGGAUCGGAAACACAAGGAAGCUUUCCAAAAGCCAAGGAAGAGGAUGGAGGCCCAGAGGUUUGGGGCAGCUUCUGCAAUGGACGGCAAGGGUCUUCGAGGCCUGAGCGAAGCACACAGCAAGCAUCCACCAUCUGAAGUAAUGGAGAGAGUCGGCCAAGUGUCCUGCGCUCUGCUCCAAAAUGAGUCCGAAUUCAGGUCGAGCAUCAACAACUAUUCAAUAGGAAAGAUCCCCAGUGUCUUGAAGAUGACGACGGAUUCUCCUGGAAACGGCAGUCCUCUGAAACGGGGUGAUUUGGAUGUCCCUUCCUUUCUCAGUCCCGGAGAUUCAGGAAGCCCCGUUGGGUCCAAAAGGACAGAGAAUGCAAGCUUUUCGCCCCGUCGAAGCAAAGGAGACAGAGUGAGGGCCAUCCACAUCCUCGCGAGAGACCUCAGCGAGAGGCUCGAGAGAGAAACGGAAAGGUUUCGGGUCCGGAACAGGCCAACGGGUCCAGAAGACCAAAGAUGGGCUCCGUCUGAGAUGCCUUCAAAGGCUUUCGUUCCUCCAAGGGUCUCUUGGGAUCCAAGCCAGUUGUUCUAUCUUUCAACAAAAGCCCAAGAACGUGGAGAGAGAAGGUCCCUUGAAGAUGGUUGUCAAGCCCAUGCCUUUGUACCGACAUCUGACGAAGUCCAUGAUACAUCUCAUCUGAAAGUCAAACAAAGCAUGGUUGAUACGGGAGGAUUUUUGCAACAUUGCCCUUCUCUUUCCAUCCAAAGUUGUGCCGGGAAGGAAAGAAGAUUUUUAUUGGGAGACGCAAGAACCGAGCAUUUCAUGCCAUAUUCGGGGAGGUCCCUUAUUGGUUCAUCGAGUGGUUGUCAGGCUCAAACUGGUCACCAUCAAAACAUGGAGAUGGAAGAAGGCAGCGUCAAGCAACCAGAACUUCAACCAGGACAUUGUGGUGAUAUCUUCCUUCACCGGCGUCUGUCUUUCCCUUCUGCCAAGAUCCCUCUUAAGAAAGCGGAGGAUGAAGUGUGUGAUGGGAGAGAUCCAGUGGAUCCCACCAGCCAGUGGAGCGACAUGAGCCAGUUCUACGGCGGCUCCGACACCUUUUGGCGCUUUGGCUUGAAGAUGGUGGAGCAGUAUCUGCGGGAAGAGGAGCUGCGAGGCCGGCACCAGAGCGCUCUCUUCAGGCUGAGAGAAAAGGCCCUCCGGGAGAAAGCCAGGGCCGAACUGGCUUGGCUGGAACACGAGGAAAGGCGAGGAAGAGUUCGGGCCUCCCUUCGGUUUGCCGUCAUGUCCCCUUCCUUCUCUGAGCCUUCUCUUCAAGUUAAACAAAUCUAGUUCUGUAAGCAGCUUUAGCUGCUAGUCUCCUUUCAGAUACAGGGAGCCCUCAAGUAAUGAACAAGAGAGGUUCUGUAGGUUUGUUCUUAAGCUGAAUUUGUUUGUAAGUCGUAACAGGGACAUUUAUUAUGUGUA